CGUCAUGGAAGCCACCCAGUCGCAAAUACACGUUGACCGCGAGCUGGUGGGAGGCCCGCUUGUGUGCUGUCCUGGUAGUGUGCCAAAGGCGCACACGUAUUGCUGCGGGCCGUGCGGGCUCGGCUCCUACGACGCCAUCAUAGCGGAGCACUGGGCGCGCGAGCCCAGCAAGUGGAGCCGCGAGUUCGACGGGCGGCUCGAGAGGUGGGAUGUCGAAGCCAAGCCUCCUCUCGAGCUGAGCAUGCCUCAGCUCGGCUGGCUCGACUCUCCGUGGAACCCGCUCUUUUGCCUCUCCGUCAUGUACCCGCGCUCGCUGAGCUGCUGCGCGCCGAUCGGCUGCUGCCUGUGCUGCCCGGGGAUGCACACCGUCGACGUCGCCUCUCCCGAAGCCUUUGUGCCGGUGAUGCUUGGAGUGGCGGAGGAGCACAACCUGUGCCCAGAGGAGCUGCGGGGGCUGCUUUGGAUGGAGUUCAACAUCGCUCCAGAGACUCUGAUUACCCUCGACGAUGUCGAGUGGAGACGCAACCCCAACGUCGAAUGGGAUGGGUUGCUCGGGUUCAAGGGCAACGGCAACCGCACCACCGACGCCAGCUGCGCCGGGACCUGCCUGACGCUCUUCUCGACGCGCGACGGCGGCGUCAUGCGGUUUUCAACCUCCCCCUCCGGAAGGUGGAUCGCCAUCCCGCUCGGCGCGAGCUUCAUCUACGUCCCGCAGCCUGGCGACAAGUUCACCUACCAAGGGAAAGAGGCCUGCUCACCCUCACUGCACCUUCCGUGGGAGAGUACCGUAUAGACGGCUUGGGCCUUGCCCGGUCGAGCUCGAGCCUGGGGACUUGAUCCGAGUCUCCUACCCGAAGUGGGAGAAGACGACCGAGCUGACCCAGGCGGUGCAGUCGUAUGCGUAUGUCGUGCGCAAGCUCGCCGCGCGCGCCCCCGACGGCUCAGCUGCGUACACCAAGCACUACGACCGCUUCCGAGAGUGGAGCGAGGGGCCGUGGCCGCACCCGCCCCUCUGCGGCUUCUUCCUCUGCCACCUCAGCGGGGAGCAGCGGCGAGAAGACAUCACUCGCGCACUCAACCGCUACCAGGUGCUGAUGUUUCCGCCCGCGCCCCGCGCUGGAGCGACCAUGCACCGAUAAGCUGCACGUCGGGCGCCUCCUCCUCGGGCGCCCCGAUGGAGCCCUAGAGAGAAGAUGAGAUCAUGUCAGCCGAAUGCCUCGUAAUAAGAGACAAACGGCCUAGAGAGAGCAUGUCGGCCGAGAGUCUUGUGACAGGAGACAAAAGGCCUGGAGAGAUAGACGGCCUGUACGACAAACGGCCUGUACUAGCGAAAUCAUAAUGGUCCCAAAAAGAUAAUCAAAAAA